UGCCGUUCUUUGACGUACUACUACGAAAAAGUGACUACACUAUGAAGGUCCUCGUGGCGCUUUGCUUUGUCGCAGCUGUGGCUCAGGCCUACGACAUCGAUUGGAGCCAAGUCAGCCCCAUCGAAGUCUUCCCCCCAGACUACGAAGGUUUUCUGAUCAAAAAACUCAAGAAUGUGACACCCUUAGACCCGAGCCGUAUCGUAGGGGGUGAAGUGGCCACCCGUGGACAGUUCCCUUACCAAGUUGCUGUACUUUCCACCAAUGCAGCAGGUUUGACUGGAUUCUGCGGUGGUUCGAUCCUAAAUGAAGAAUGGGUCCUCACCGCAGCUCAUUGCGUCGAUGUUGCGGUAUACGCGACAGUCGUUUUCGCAGCCCAAAACAUCAAUGAGAAUGAAGAUGGACAGUUCAGCCGGUUGUCAAGCGAAAUUAUUGUUCACGAAAAUUGGGAUGCUGCGAACAUCAGAAAUGAUCUCGCUCUGAUCAAGCUUGCUGAGCCCAUUGCAUACUCCGACCUUGUUCAGCCAACUCGCUUGCCAAGCCGCUCCCAGGUUAGCGAAACCUUCGCUGGGCUGACCGGAACUGUAUCUGGAUGGGGACGCGAUUCGGACUCAUCGAGCAGUGUGAGCCCCGUUCUUCGAUACACCUCAAACCCUAUCCUGACAUACUCUGCUUGCCGCUCGUGGUACUGGAGCUUAGUCAACACUGACCAGAUAUGUCUGGCUGGUACCGGAGGCCGCUCUUCGUGCAACGGCGACUCUGGCGGUCCGUUGGUCAUCACUGACUCAGACGGUGAGCCAACCCAGGUUGGUGUUGUAUCCUUCGGAAUAUCUCUUGGUUGCGCUGUUGGAUGGCCCGGAGUUUACGUACGUUUGACCGAUUUCUUGGACUGGAUUGAGACCAACACUGGAGGAGCUAUCGUCAUUAAUUAAUCGCAUGACUGAUAUUAUGCAUUCCAUCGUUAUAACGUCAAAUGUACAACGGAUGUAAUAAUUGGAAUAAACAGAUCAAAACUUA